AUCGAUCAUCUAACGCGUAUAAAACUUGACGGAAGUUAAUUUUUAAAACCGGGCAAGGAAGUGGUUUCACAAUAUCCCCAGAGACAAAAAGAUGCGAUGAAUUAAGAAAGUCAACUAAAUAUUAAUGGACAUUUAAAACAAUUUCGCAAUUCGGAUAGUUUUCCACGAGAGACGGAUUCAGACACGUUUUGUCACCGGUUCCAUGUCAAAUCGUCACAAUUCCGGUGUAAACACUUGGAUAGAGACGGUGUAAACUGUUCAUAACACAGAAUUCUGUCUCUUGUCCAGAAAAUGACGCCCGGAAAUGGUGGAAGAAGAGAGAACGCCCCUAAAUAAGAGCAACCUCUUGAGUGGGAUUCUGCUCAUUCUCUUUGUCCUCGGGAUCGGGGUGACACUUCUAUUCAUCGGAGUAUUCGAGGACAUCGAAGAUUUUGUCAUUCUAGGGACGCUUUUUCUAGUGUUUAGCAUUCUUGUCUUCGGCUGUGUCUUUUUCACGGUUUUACGCCCCUACUGUAGAUCCGGUAAAGUAGCAGACGAUGAACACGCCAAGUCGUACUCUCACGAGAAUAUCGGGUUUUCUCGGAGUGAGCAGGACUUCAAGUCGACAGCGGCUUCGUUUGAGCGUAUCAGAAUUGAAAAUGACGAUGACUGUGAGUCUGUGAGCGGACAGAGACGCUCGGAGAGUGUUAUUGUUGACCUCAAAUCAAGGGCGGGUAGUGCUCACAGCUUACAUUUACCGGAAGAACCAACCGGAAGAAACAAAAAGAAACGGGUGACUUUCUUUUAAUUUUUUUUCUUCGAGUAAAUCUAGCAAACUGUCAUCAUCUUAACCCUUGUUGCAUUGAACCAUUAAAUAUAUGGUUCCUAAUUCUUAUUUUUACAUUUUUCUAACUAAAUAAUAUUUAUGUACAUGUGCUUAACUUCUCUUUUGAGAUUUGAUCUAUGUACCAAAUAUGGGAUAUUUAUCACUUCAUUUGUAGAUACCUUUAUUUGUUAACUUAUUUUUGACAUACAUGUAUAUUUGAUGAUAUUAAGAAUAAAGUUAUAUUUUGGUGCAUGCUAUUGAAAA